GUUUUCCCGGCAGCACCCCGGGCAAAGAGGUAACAGAGCUGUUCUUCAGCACCGCGGAGUGAUCAGUGCAGGGGAGCUGUCCAUUUCAGCACCACCACGUUAAUGCAGUAGGUGGAGAGCGGAAUUCACAAGGAAAGCGAGGCGAGAGACACCGACGGGCAGCGUAUCCUGCAGCAAGGCUUUCUGGUUUCCUUAUCUUCAGAAGCUUUGCAGAGAGGGGGCAGGAAGGGGAAAUCCAUCUCGAAAACCCAUCUGGCAGAAAUUCCCCCCCUCCCCUGCCCAACUGUUAGCUACUACCACUCCAGAAGCUCACCACCUCAAAAGAGAGAGAGAGAGAGAGAGAGAGAGUAACAACUACUUCUCUACCACUGCCUUGGAGGAAGAGCCAUGGAAGGCAAAUGCUCAGCACCUGUUCAGUUGAAAGCAAGGGCUUACAAGAAACUGGCAAGUCUGGCUUGGUGGUAAAAGGAAAAAAAAGGAGAAGAAAAACAGGGUCAGAGAAGAAAAGAAUUGAAAUCAAAACCAGCAAACAGACAAAGUAAGGGGAAAAUCCAAGGAAUAUACACUGGAAAGAAAAGGAUUGUUCAUGGCGCAGGCUGCAGAGCUAAGCAAGAAGACUGAAGGUUGCAUCUCUACUCUUACAGUCUCUAACUGUCUAGGUCCAGAUAAUGAGAGAGUGUGUUGAGAAUGCUGUUUCGGUUGCCGCUGCUGCUGCUGCUGCUGCUGCUCCCCUGUUCACUGUGGAAGCCAUCUCCAAAUUAGCCAUCACAUAUGGAAACUGGAGACCAGAAUUUUAGAAAAAGGGAUUAAGGCAUCUCAUUUUGGGGGGAGGGUUACCUAUUUUCUUUCUUAUUUUCUUUAUAAUAUUAUAUAAAAUAUUAACAACUGGAACGUUUUUUUUUUCCUUUUGAAAAUCAAGCCUCUUCUGUGUGAUUUUUUUUUCAUUUACACUGAUUCAGUGGGCUUUCUUACCUCUUUUUUUAUAUAUAGAUUCUCUCUAUUGAUCUCAAAUAGUUAUUAAGAUUAUCAUUUCUUUUACUAACAUUAUACACACACACACACACACACACACACAAACAGCCCAAGAAUCAGAAAGCAGUUGGGUAUUUGUAUAAUGAAGAAUUAUGGGGCUCUUUGACAGAGGUGUUCAGAUGCUUUUAACCACCGUUGGUGCUUUCGCUGCCUUCAGCCUCAUGACCAUAGCUGUGGGAACCGAUUACUGGCUUUACUCCAGAGGGGUUUGCAAGAUGAAAGGAACCGGAGAUAAUGAAACCAGCAAAAAGAAUGAAGAAGUCAUGACCCAUUCUGGAUUAUGGAGAACCUGCUGCUUGGAAGGGAAUUUUAAAGGUCUGUGUAAGCAAAUCGAUCACUUCCUCGAGGACACAGAGUAUGAAGCUGACACAGCAGAAUAUUUCCUCCGGGCUGUAAGAGCCUCUAGUAUUUUUCCGAUCCUGAGUGUGAUUCUGCUUUUUAUGGGUGGACUCUGCAUUGCAGCCAGCGAGUUCUACAAAACCCGACAUAACAUCAUCCUUAGUGCCGGCAUUUUCUUCGUGUCUGCAGGUCUGAGUAAUAUAAUUGGCAUCAUUGUGUACAUAUCAGCCAAUGCUGGAGACCCCUCAAAAAGUGACUCCAAGAAGAACAGUUACUCUUACGGAUGGUCCUUCUACUUUGGGGCCUUGUCCUUCAUUAUAGCUGAGAUGGUUGGAGUGCUGGCUGUACACAUGUUCAUUGACCGGCACAAACAGCUGCGUGCCAGCACUCACACCACGGACUACCUCCAGUCCUCUGCCAUCACCCGCAUACCCAGCUACCGCUACCGCUAUCAGAGACGCAGUCGCUCCAGUUCCCGUUCCACUGAGCCUUCACACUCCAGGGAUGCCUCUCCUGUUGGGAUCAAAGGGUUCAACACCCUCCCAUCCACGGAAAUCUCGAUGUAUACCCUGACCAGGGACCCCCUGAAGGCUGCUACUACCCCCACAGCCACCUACAAUUCAGACAGGGAUAACAGCUUCCUCCAGGUACACAACUGUAUCCAGAAAGAAAACAAAGACUCUAUCCACACUAACACAGCCAACCGCCGGACCACUCCUGUAUGAAGCUAUCACGAGGGGCUGAAACUGGGGGACAGGGAAGGUGGGAGAAGGACUUGGGUGCAGGAGGGAGGAACAGUGGGGAGGGCCUGUAGGGGCAAGAAGAAAGCAACCAUAGGAACCUUCCAAAAGCAAAAAAAAAAAAAACAACAAACAAACUUAAGUGAAACAUCCAAAAAGAAAGAAAAAAAAAGUUUUAAAAAAAGGAAAAAAAAUAAAAAAUAAAAAAAUCAAGAGAAAGAAAUUUAAAAAUAUAAAAAAUAGAAAAUAAAUUUAAAAGAAAAUGCAUGAUUUCCCAUGUACCAUUAUUUUAACAUUUAAUAAAAGCAGAUUUAAAAAAAGGAACCAAGAAAUAAAAUAAUAAUAAUAAUAAUUUUAAAAAACAAGUGGGGAAAAGAGGAGGCAGCUCUUUGGAUUGGAGGGAGGGGAGGGGGGGAAGAACUACUCUUUAAUUUCUUAGUUUGUUUUUAUUUUCAUUUUUAGCCCAUUGUGAAUUUGCAAGUCCCUGGCAAUCUCCAGCCAGAAACAAAAUGCAGUGACUUUGGUGUCUACCCUAUUUGUACGUGCAUUGGGGCCUACCUAAUUUUUUUGAACCCGCCACCCCAGGAAUGACUGGGGAUUCAAUGUGUCCUUGUUGCUCCAUAGAGCUUAACAGUCACCUUCUUUGUCCUUGGGGAUUUGCAAGGUUAGUGCCAGUGUGCUAAUCUCCAAGUCUCAGGAAGUUAAAGCUAAGCAGCUCAGCCUCAUUAGCCUACGACUAUUCUGGGGUUAACCAGGACAUUGCAACAAAGAAAAAAAGCUUAAUAUAAAGUGGCAUUUUUUUUUAAAUAAAACAGCUAUAAAUAAAUGUAAAUAUAAUGAGGGGAUUUACUUGCCAGAAAGUGAAAUAGUAUUUUUAUUUUCAUCUUUUUCCAACUUGAAAACUAUGAAAACUAAAAUCUUAGAAGAAAAUCAACAGCACUUUUUUUUUUAAAGAUACCCAGUAUUUGACCUGUUGUUUGACAUUAAUAGCAUUCCCUCCCUCCCCACUUCCCUUGCCAGUCAUGAGAAUUAUGGACUAAGAAAACAAUCUCCCCAUGGAGAGAAUGAGGCCACUAUCAUUUGGUUUGGAAAAAUUGAUAAAAAUAUCUAGAGGUUGUUCUCCCCCUGUAGCAGGGAUAUCCAUGGGGCAUGGUAAAAAAAAAAAAAUGUCAGGAUGAUGGCUGCAACGGUGUGAUCAAAGCACCACCCUUUUUUAAAAUGUGCGUUGUAUAUAAAAGCAGGCAGAACUCUGCUAUUUUGACUUUUUUUGACCAAACUCUGUGGAUACCCCUGCCUUGCGGUCAUUUGCAGGCUUUAGAAAGAUGCUAGGCGAAGUAGCUACUAUUUGCUCACUGACCUCAGCUUCAUUUACAUCAGUAGCUUUUCUGCUUUGUGGAUCAAUCCUGCCAAAACCAUUGGACUUCCUCUCAUGUACACUGAACAGGCUGUCAUUGGCUGAAAUUCAGUUCUGGUGCCAAAUCCAUAACACUAAAAGAAAUAUGCCCUGGUUUCCCUCUGUUGCUAGUGCUAGCCAGUCCCUGGCUGUACAUUCAGUCUGCCUUUCUCUGAGGCCUACUUAUGGUGUUGCCAUAUGUAGUAUGGGACAGUUUAUCUUUUAAAUGAGCUUUUAAAAAUCAUUCAGAAGAGGAAAUAUUUGGUAAGUGCAGCUUUUCCCACCUCUGUAGCACAUUUGGAAGAAACUGCAACUUCUUAAUUUUUUUUUCUCUGAUUUAAAGAAAGAACAGCCGAAGUGCCCCAAACAUGGAAUCUGGCAGCUCUAUAGGUUUUGACAGAAUUUGAGAAAGGAUCUACCUGGUCCUUCUCUCACUGAAGAUGUAUCUGACAGGAAGAAAGCGGGGAUCAUAGUGUAUGUUCUAUCACAGAGGUUAGCUAGAUCAUGUUAGGAAAGGAAGCUCUAGAAAAUGCAUAAGAUAGAAAAGGAAGGGGGAAAAGUUAAAGGAAAAAAGAGGUACAGAAUACCUACCAAGACUCUUCCUUAUUUUAGGGCUACCAUACUACAACAAAGCACUAAGUAUAUUUGCAUCUCUUCAUUGCAUCUAGACAUUGUCCAGAUUUUUGCACCUCAGAUCUGAUGAUGUCACCUCUUUGAGGUAGGUCAAGUCAAGAAACAGCAUGGCAGGGAUUCCAAAAAUGUUCUUUAUUACUGUAGAAUAGAAUAAUAGAAUCUUGAAAAUUUGUGAGGGGUUCUUUCUGUCCAAACGUAUGCCAAACAAAAUCAAGGUGGAGUUACUUUGAGUUUCUUUCUUUUCUCUUUCUCGGGACUAUGUAAGCUUUUCUGAAAGUCCCCCUUAAUUGGUUUGCUAAUUUCCAAGGCCAGGUCUCCAUUCCUUUACUGGUACCCUGCCUUGUUUAUGGCCUUAAAGAAAUAUUGAAAAAUUUAUCCCAGAAGCUAGAAUCUUAUGUGAAAGGAGUUCCUUUGACUUUACUAGUGAGUAAGAAACUGAUGUUGGCAAAUUCCUACUGCCAGGUGAAGACAUGUCUUAUAUGUCUUGUAUAAUCUUAGCAAAAACUAAGAAAAGGAGAAAAAUAAAGAGAUUAAAAUAUCUAUUAAACAUUCUUAGUUAGACAGAUGAAAAAUGAGCUUCCUAUCUCUAUACUUUGCUGCUAGGUUUGGAUGCUACAGUAAAUUCUCCAAAUUGCUCACUUCAGAAAUAACUUUCUAUAUUUGACCAGGAUGGGAACAUAAACUCUGCAAGGCAACUUUACAAUCUGAAGGUCCUCCAGGUGGCCAUUGUUAAACAGUCUGAGAGUAAAAGUUGACAUAUCUGGAGGUCAUACAAUUGAAGAAAACUUUGUGGGGCAGUAGUGAUACUAGCUUUCCUUUUCAAGUAUCUGAUUUCUUCCUCAUAAAUCAUGUCAUUGCUUCUCCUACUGCCUAACAGCCCAAAAAAGAACAUCUUCCCUUCCUCACCCCCAAUCCCUCUUAGAUUUCAGGCAUACCACAGCAACCAUCUAAAUAACCCACAGCAACCAUCUAAAUAACCAUGAAACUUGUUAAGAACAUCUGGUGCCACAGCAGCUGAGGGAUCAAGAGUAUAGCAUCUAAUAAGGUCUUGGGUCAAAAUAGAGAUGUGGUUAUAUCGCUGGUGGCAUUAAGUUAGCUUUAAGAUGCAGAUCAAGCUUCAGACAAAAAUAUAUGGAAUUAAUUCUCUGUGGUUUUGCAAUAUCUGAGCCUUUUGUGUUGCCUUGAAAGAAGAUUGGGGGUUAAAUAAACCUGACCCAGCCAUUAUAUCCAGUUAGGUUUAGGUUUCUGCUUGAUUUUUCCUGCUCAUGCUGGUGGUGCUUCAAACUCAAAGAGCCUUCACACCCAUAGCUACUCUGUACCUGCUGGGAUCUAUAUAGGGUCAGAGAAAAACCUCUACCCACCCAGUUUAAUGCUGCUUCCUCCUAAGUUUAUUCUCUUAGAUAGAAAAAUGGAGUCCCACUCAGGGUAGGAUGAGGAGCAAUAUAUGAAACAGUGAGACAAUAGCAGGAUCAGUUCUUCCCCAGGCAUUAGCUGAUAACUCAUUCAAUACAAUCCCAAAAUAACUGGGCAAGAACAAGUUGAAAAAAAUACUGAGACACAGUAUUGUUAGUAAUCAGUAUGGGGUCUCCCAUUCAGUACUGAGUGUCUAAAUCUGCAACUAUAGCCCAAGCCUCAGCUUGCCCAUCAACAAUGAAAGAGUUGGGAGGAGUUAAAUAAGCUAAUACCCAAAGCCCAAGAAAUGAGUUAAAAACUGGUUUCCUGUACUCCAGCAUAAGCAGAGGACAGUAUUUUGAUUGAAAUCCCAAAAUCGUUAUCAAGGACUUUGCUACUGUGAUGUUCUUGAGUAUUUCUAAUAGAAUACCGUUGAAUGAAUAUUUGUGCAUAUGCGAAUGAGCAUAUAAAUGUGUAUGAGAUGAGAGAAGGAGAGAGAGACAGAGGGAGAGAGAGAGAGAAAAAAAAAAAAGAGGGAAGAUUGGGACUGGUGAAGGUUUUGUUUUUCUCCCAAGGGUAUUGCUUAUGUUCAUCUCAAACCAAUUCAACACAAAUCUCCAUUUUCUUUAUUUUAUUAUUUUUUUUCAGACUGUUAAAAAGAAAAAUUUUAAAAAGAGGAAAAAUUUAAAAAAAAUCCUGGUACAUGAAAUAAAGUUUUUUUUAAAAAAAAAA